AUGAGCUUCAAUAAGGAUGAUGAUGUUAUAAUACACGAUGAAGAUCUGUGCGACGACGAUGUAAUGCAAACAGCCGUUGUGGGCAAUAAUUUGAUGGAUCGUACCAACUGUAUGGGACUGAUCGGAUCCCUGGCUGUGGAUCAUGGUGGUUCUCCGGAAAGUAGUCGUGGGUCGUCGCAUGGUCACUCACAAGUGGAAAAACGUCAUAUAUGUGAUAUAUGUGGAAAGGGUUUCCCAUACCUAUCAAUACUGGAAUCGCAUAAACGAUGCCAUACCGGUGAAAAACCAUUCAACUGCCAUUUUUGUGAUAAAAGAUUUGCUCAAAAAGCAACUUUACAAGUCCAUGAAAGAACACACACUGGUGAAAGACCGUAA